AUGGGCGACCCUAUCCCCGCAUUGAGGUACAUUAAAUCUCAGCUCACACUCUACACUCUCCUGUUAUUCCUCUACUUCCAACAGAACCCACCUCUACUAGUCACAAAGGCUAACCCCAAAUUCGAUGGGUGUAAUAGUACCGCACCCGCAGCCGCCAAAGGGAACCGGCGAAACCGUCAGAACUCAGACGACUCGACUGCAAGCAGUGUCACCGAUCCCAUUGAGAGCCUUGUCGAUCCUCAGACACUGGCCCAGGGAGAAGGCCAGUUGAUAGGACCUUCCGCUGCACGUGAGCUUGACAAGAGGAAUAAGAAAGACAAGGGCGAGGUGGAGAAGAAGGAUGAUGGAAGUUUGAAUAUCAGGAUUCACUUGGAUCUGCAUGCUAAGGUGAGGCUGGAUCUGGAGGCGGACCUGUAUGGUGAUAUUGUCAUUGGAUUAUUGUGA